CAUCAAUCACCCGUGCAGCAUCACGUCAUACCCUGGAGCAUUUUGUCCUGAGAUAUUCUUCUGGAUCGGCGUUAUUCAGGAACCACAUCAAAUUGUGAGCUCUUCACAACACCACGUAUCCAAUACAAUAUUCGCAGCAACAACUACCUCGCCCCAGCCUCCGCACUUCGGGGCCCCCAAAUCACCCACCAUCCAUUAUUCCAAAUAUACAUUAAACACCAUAUAUUCAUAUACAUCAAAUAAUAAUUCAUGCCCCCACGCCGCCGCCCUCCAAGGGGGGGCUCACGAACCGAACUUCCCCCCCUCAAAAUCGUCCUAAAGAUCCUCCUUCUCCAACUCGCAUACUAUGUCACCGCGACGGCCCUAAUCCUCUUUACGACGGUUGUCUACGGCACGCCCUUCUCCCUCGACCUUGUGUUUAGCUGGAAUGCCGUCCGCGGAGAUACCACCAUCGGCUGGAUGCUGGGUUUGGUCUGGAUAUUGAGUAGUGGGAUUGGUGUGAUAUUUCUCCUCCUCCUCGUCUCCCGCUCAAAACUCAUCCCCGAUUUCGCCCUCACAUUACACUUCCUCCAUCUUAUCGCAACCACACUAUACUCGCAUUCCGUCCCCGCGAACUGGCUCUGGUGGGGAUUGCAGGGUGCGAGUGCGGCGUUUAUGACUUUCCUGGGGAUUUGGGCGUGUCGGUGGAGGGAGUUGCAGCCGAUUAGUUUUGGGGGGGUUGUAGGGGGUAGUGGAACUGCUGGGGGGUCGGGUCGGGAGACGCAGGGUGGUGGUGGUGGCGGUGCGAGUGGUGGGGAAGAGUCAUCUUCGUUUUCGUUGUCGAGUGGAAGGGGACGGGGACGGGGGUUGAGGGAUGGUGGUGGGAGUAGUAGUGGGGGGAUGAGUAUGAGAUGGUGGAUGUGA